AUGCAAUAUAUAGUGUAUCUAAUAAGUUCUUUCGUCGUUUGUCUUGCGACCCGUCAGCAAUGUGUGGGUGUUACGGGACGCCUAAUGUGUGGAAAAAAGCCAGCAUCGGGCGUGACGGUCAAGCUGUGGGAUGAAGAUGAUGGUCCAGAUCCAGAUGACCUUCUCGAUCAGGGCUACACAGAUGCCAAUGGAAAUUUUAACCUGAAGGGGUCGGAAAUUGAAGCAACCAAUAUUGAUCCGGUAUUGAAAAUUUACCAUGAUUGUGACGAUGGUAACAAGCCUGGCCAGCGAAAAGUGAAGUUCCGCAUUCCAAGUUCGUAUAUUUCACCCGGAGGACUUCCGAGACGUGUUUUCAACAUAGGAAUUCUCAAUUUGGAAACUAUUUUUGCGAAGGAGGAACGAAACUUAUUGUAG